GUCCCCUUAUUUGGCGCACACGCCAAUACAAGCUGUCGACAGCAUCAUGAUGGCAAGCGCAAUGUGUCGAAUUAGAGUAGAAAUAAAGAGUUUAAAUCCCUUUUGGAUGCAGGUUGACUUCGAUGAGCACCCUCUAAUAGCCGAUGUAAGGCAGAAAAUACAGGCGCUAAGUAAUGAAAGGGACAUCGGAGAACUGUUGCUUCAAGGAUGUAUAUUGCCGUCAGGAGAAACUUCUCGUGUCUUACGUGAGAAUGACGUUAUUCUAGCGACACUCAAAGUAUCAAAGGAUGCAAGCACUAAAUAUGCCGAAAAAUUAACUGUCAAUGACAAUGUUCCUGGAUCUACUCAAGAGGAGAAUCAUAUAAAUUUUGGCAAGAACCCAAGUGGGACUGUUAAUGAGAACAAUGUAAGAAGUACAUCCCAAAUAUUGGAGAAGAUCAGAAAGUUUCAUUUACUGGAACUUCAUUGAAGGAAGUGAAAAAAGAUGUAGAUGAUUAUGCUUCAGGCUCCGAUGUAAUAGCUCAGAGUAACCUCUAUACAAGAGAAAGAAAGCAAACUCGAAAAAGAAAGCGAAGAAAAGGAGCAAUGAUCAACACUAGUAACUUAGACAAUGCUCAUACAGAUCCUUCUGUCAGAGAACUCAGACUUCCAGUUAACAAACAGCCAAGAUCAAGGAAAACAGUGUUCUUUUCAGAUAAUGAGAGUGAUGUGGACAAUUACAAUAAUGCAGGUUUUUUUGAAGAAACCAGAGAGGAAGACAGAAUUACUGAAAAGCCAUUUAUGAGUGUUGCACAGUUGAAAUGUCUCGAACAGUGAUGAGACUCACACUAAAAAUGUCAAGCUUAUAGACAGAACUGGAAAAGAUGAAAAGGGCUCAAGUCACUAUAACAUAGAUGCCGAUGCCUUAGGCAUGGUACCUGGAAAAGAGGAUGUUAAACAAAAUGAUGACUGCAGUAAACAGCAUGAGAAAAAGAUUGGUACAAUACUACCACAUGGGAAGUCAUCUAGCCCCAACAGUAGGUGUGAAGACAAACCACGUCAGAAUCAGUUGGUUUUGGAAGUCGUGCAACCAGACAUGACACAGUACCUUAAAAUGACUCCAGCAGAGCGGGGUCUAUUGCUUCCAUCAUACAUGAAGGCAGAACGCCUCUGCAAUGGUGCAGUGAAAUACACUAGGACCACAGAUCCUCUUAAAAAUAAUACCUUUCACCUCACCGACAAUUUUUCAUCCCCUUCAGGCAGAUGCAGACUUCCAGCCAUUGAGACAAAAAUGCAGCUGACUACUUACAAUGAUCAUAAUACAUCAGAUGCAGUGAAUUCUGCAUUAUGGCCGUCAGAAAAAUUAAAAAUAAAGGAUUUUCUUGCUGAUACCAACUCUGAAGAAAGUAUUAAAAUCACUGCAGCCCCCCUUUUUUGUAACUUCAGUAAACUGCCUGAUCUAAGAGCUGCACCAAAGAUAGGAGACUUCAUUGCCUAUAAGGUUCUUGAGCUGGGAGAAGACUACAUGCCUAGAAUAUCAGAGUACAAGGUAGGUUUUUUUUUUUUGUUUGGUUGGUUUUUUUUGUUGUAGCUUUAGAUGUACCUUUUCAUUGUCAUUAUUAUUAGUUAUCUCUUUUGUGUUUACAACAAUAUAGUGCCCCUUGGGAAUCUCAUUUUACAUGCCAGGAUUGAACUCUCAACCUUUCUCUGCCCUCUUAUUUCUGCCUUCCUGGCUCUUUUGCCUGUAUUCUUUUCUAAAAAUAACUCCCAACUUCUGCUGCUGUUUCACCUUUCCUCUCCUCUGUCUCUACCAUGUCCUCCCUUUAGGCCUGUGUUUGCCAAGCAAAAAGACCCUUCCUGGAGAUGAAUGUAAUCCUGGGGGUUGAAGUCCACGAGGUGUUCUGGUUCAUCACACCUAUACACCCCUUUGACCCAGACUUCCACUAGAUGGGAAGUAAGUUUUGUCUACACCCAUCAUUUGGCCGGUCAUGCAAGGUAUUUUCUUAAUGCUGCAGUUGGGUUAGUGACGUUAGUCUAUUCUAUAGACUCUAGCCCUAAUGUGGCCUUGAUGGAAGUACCCUGUGUGGUGCCACUUGGUUGCAUCCCCUUGCUGGACUUCAUGGUGGGAAUGAACAUCGGCAAAAUGAACCUAAAGGACACAAAAAGCAUCAGGUCGCACUACUUUGAGAGUGAGCUGUCCUCAGACAGUGAUGAUGAGACUCGCGACAAUGUAUCAAAGACAUUUGAGCAGGCCUGCCCCUGGUUUCUGGUUGUGGAAUGUGGGAGAUCAUAUACUCUUUUUUAUAAUUCUAAACUUUUGCAGUUAAUUAUAUUUCAUAGUGGUUUGAAAGACCUGAGGCCACAGUUAUGAAGCGAGGGUAAGUCACUGCCCUGAGGCAACAUGAGAGAAUUUGAGGACAAGUGUCUUAUCUUUGUAUUUUUCAAGCAGUGUCCAGACACCACAGAUGUGGCCUUUUUUUCAGGGGUGGGAUAGGGGAAGUUGAUUAUAAAGCAAUGGAAAGGGGGUAAAGUAAUAGAAAGCAGUGUUUGUAGGGUUUAUACACCACUUUGCAGUUUCAGAGACAAGACUCUUACCCUUGGCUUCUUCACUUUGCCCCAUGGGAACAUUUCCCUUGCUUUAUAACUAUAGCCCCUGAUGAUGAGGGUCUCUCUUCUGAUCUAGUUAUUGGGGAACACCAAUGGGGCACCACCCCCUGUGGGGCUGGAUUGCAAAUGAAACCAGGGAAAGGGAGGAUGUUGGGAUCUGUCUUUAGGGAAAUUAUCUCUUCCUUUAUACAACAACUCUCACACUUUUUGCUGACCUCACAGCAGCACUAUUCAAGCUGUUGACUUGUCAAUCAGCAACUUGAUUGCAUUUGGACUGUUUAAUGAUAUGUGGCAAUAAUCUUUGUCCAAUAAUUAUAUCAUUUAUCAAGAUAUUACUGAUAUUUUUGAUGGUCCCAUAAAUGACCAAUCUGUGGGCGUUUUUAUAUACCUUUUAAUAGAUAUUGCUUUGACAACCAUACCCUGGUGAGGCAUGAUCUAUGACUUACAACACCGGUUUUAAAACUUUUCCAAACGAGUACCAGAAUUCGAAUUGACUGAGUACCACCUCCCAACUCUUUGCCCUACGAAUAUAGUCUAUAUAUACUCAUUCUUUUAUUUUGGCACCUAGUGCUUGCGUACCAGUAGAGGUACAUGUACCACAGUUUGAAAACCAGGGGUUUACAGAGAAGGCCCAGCAGCUGGCUAUCUGCCACCCAACUCCUAAAAGUGGGAUUUUUUUUUAACCAUGUGAAACACAGGCUGAACCUAUUUUUAAACAGAGCUAAAAGCUUGCAGAAGUUUGUGUCUUUCUUAUCCUUCAGCACCAUUAGGGGAAGCAGAUUGCUGAGUAGUUAAAACACUGGUACACCAGCUCAAUGUCCAUGUUGCACAGAGAACUUCCUCCAGUCGACCCAAGUUUUCAGGAAUGGGUACACGAUAGAGAGCUGGAGACAGGUAAAGCAUCAAGAGAAAGAAGAUAAGCACUGUUGUCACAAAUAAAGGGGCUUGUCCAGAGAAAACUCCCCCAGUGACCAAAGGAAGGUUAGUAAAUGACCUUUACUUUACCUGCAGCACUUACCAUACAGUAUGAGCAGCUGCCAGAAAGAUAUGGAAGAAGUUUCAGGCAAUUUCAGUGGGCCAUCUGCAAGUCAGAGACUUCAUUGGACUUCUAUGUUAAGCAUAGUGAUAUAGCUAAUUUGCUGGAAUUCAUGCCAUUCUUCAUUCAAAACUUCUAAAAUCAUUUUUUUUUUAAGUUUAUGUUGGGUCUGUUCUUUUCAGUCUUCAGCAACAGGAAAUCUGGCAUGUUUUGAAUGCCAUCUUCAACUAGCUGCAUGCAAACCUGGAUUGUAGAAAAGGGCAUUUUAUGUUGAUUUAUAUAGUGCUUUUUCCCACCAUUAAAGGCGGGCUGAAAGCGUUUUACUAAAUAUAAUUAAAUUAAACUAACCCCAGAAAACUCACAAACAUAAUAAGAAUGGAUGGUGGCCUCAAAAAACAGUUGUAGAAUCAACUGUUGUGUUUUAGUGCCCUUUGAGACAUUAAUGUCGACUCCAGUACUGUUUUUAUUCAGAUGUUUCUGUGGAAUACAUCCUAGGCACAGCUCGAAUCUUGCAAGUAGAAAAAUCUCAUCAGAAAACUAUAUGACCUGUCAGACAAGGCAUCAGCAUUUUUUACCAGUGCAUCCCUGAUGAUCUUGCAUCAGCUGGCAGCCCAGGUACAGACUGAACAUGUCACCAUCUGUCACAGCCCUCCUGAGAAUCGCUGCCAAAGAUCUUUCUUCAUCAGCAGCAGCAGGUGACCAGCAGUGUACA